AAGAAAUUAGGGAAAAAAAACAUUAUUUUUAAAAUGUUUUAGUUUAUGUGUGAUUUGUUUCUUAUUUAACUCUUAUUUAACUAUUUUUAUUCCCUUGACGGGGAAGGACCUGUAUGGCAGGAGCUCUGUUGAUUAUACUGGAAAUUGUAACUAUUUUGGUGCUUUCCUGACUACACUUCAUGAACACAAGAUCGGUGCUGCUUGCUGAAUCCCCCAGCUUUAACUUGGAUAGUUGAGAUGUACAGAUACAAGUAUCGAUACCUGCUAGCAAGUGUAGCUAACUAGUGAACUGCAGAAGUCCAAAGAGGUUUCUUAGCAACAAUGCCAAACACAAAAGAAAAUGAUUCUGGCUCUGAAUUUUUAGAGGACAUGGAGAAUCUGCAUUCAAUGGCAGAGAUAUAUAUUGCUUCAUUUACAGCUAUAAAGGAAAUCUUAAUGACUGUCAGUAAUAGUGUCACAAACAUUAUGGAAGAAAAUAGAGCACAGAGCAAGGCUACCAAAAAACUAAGAAAAGAAGUCAAGAAGUUUCAAGAUGAAAAUGCAGACUUGAGGGCUGCUUUUAAGGAGAUUAAAUACCCUAUGGAAGAUAUCAAGGCUCUGCAGGACGAUAUUAAGGAUCCGUUGAAUGACAAUGCCGCCUUGCGCUCUGCUCUUAAAGAAGCGAAAAAACAAAGAAAAUACAGCAUUUUGCAAGGAUGUUAGGGUUCUGCAGGAUGAUAUCAGGGCGUUAUUGGAAGAUAACUCUGCCUUACGCACUGCUCUCAAGGAGGCUAUAAACCCUAUGGAAGCCACCUCAAGUACUGAUCUUAAGGACGCUAAAGACCCCAGGGAAGAAAAUAGAGCAUUAUGCAAUGAGAUCAACAUUCUACAGGAUGACAUCAAGGCACUAUUGAAAGAUAAUGCUGCCUUUCGAACCACCCUUGAGGAAGAGAAAGAAGCAAAGGAGAAUAUCAAGGAAUAAAUUAAAAACUACAUUGACGAGAUGGAUCAGAUGGCACGAAUGAAUGAUGUGGUCCUCACAGUGCUCCAAAUCACACCCAAGUCAAGAGAUGUUCCUUCAAUAAAGCAACAGAUUGCUAACUUCCUACAAUCGAAGGAGGUGGAUGUCGAGGUCAAUAGUAUUGACACUUGCGUCCCACUCCACGGCAGAAACAACACCACACCUGUCAACAUUAAGUUCACCACCAGGGAAUUCAAAACUACACUGCUGAAACAGGGAAAGAAGCUAAGAGGCACAAAUGUCUACAUGAAUACAAGAAAGCACGAGACCUGAGGAAGCAGGGAAAGAUUCAAAACACUUGGAGCACUAACGGGAAAAUCUACAUCAAGCUAAAAUGAGGUUCAGGAGUUGCAAGAGUGCUUGUUGUCCAAGAUAUCAGCCAUCUGGAUGCAUAUUAAAGAUCAUAUGACUAUGACAAUAAGGAUGAUGGAGGAAACACCCUACAAGACAGACCAAUGCAACGAGAAGGACUACAUUCCAUAGCAAUAACCUUGACAUAAUUAAUAAAAGGAACUCUUGCAUACAAACCCAGCGUCACUCGCAGUGCAAUACCGAAGAGGAUGUGGAUAUCGACAGGAGAGAAAGGACAGGAUAAAUAGAAAGGGAAAAGGAAAGGAACAGGAGAAAAAAGGGGAAAAAAAGAAAUUAUUCUUAUUUUUUUAAACAUGUGUGUACCUGUAUACUAUAUACUGUAUGUCCAUCCAUCCAUUUUGUAUACCGCUUCUCCUCUUUAGGGUCGCGGGGGUAUGCUGGAGCCUAUCCCAGCUGACUUCGGGCGACAGGCGGGGUACACCCUGGACUAUAUAUACUUUGUCCUAAUGAUGCAAGAGGUCUUCGAGACUUUCAGCCUGGAUGAUGACAUGGUGGAUGGAGACCUGGGUGAUGGGACCACAAUCAGGACAAAUUCCUGCUCCACCAGAAAAAAGAGCCAAAACUCCACGGUGCCUCCAGGGACCAUCUUGCCUGAUGAAGACCUGUACCGAAGCAGCAACCAGACACCCAAACUGAUGACAGCAGGCUGGGAGCGAAGCUGGAAGCUGCCACUGAAUGCAGACUCGCUGAAUGACAUGUCCAAAGAAGACUUGAGAGUCCGACUACAAGAAUACUGUGAGGUGAUUAAUGUGUUAAUGUGUGAGCUGGACGUGGCACGUCGUUACCUCCAAGGCAAAUUUGAAGCUCUGAAGAUUCUGCAAGGAAAGGCCAUCCUCGACAAAGCCACGAGUCACACUAAAAGCCUGCUGCAGAAAAGUGAGGAGAGGGCAAAAGCACUGGAAACGGAAGUAAACACCUUGCAGUGGGAGGUGAGUUUCAACCAUUUGCAGAUGAAGAAGUGUGAGCAGUCAUGGGAGCAGCGAUACAGCAGAAUCUUGGCCGAGAACAAGACCCUUAUGGACAAACUUGAGGACAGAGACAAAGAACUUCAGAACCUCCAAGCAGAAAACUCUGUGUUAAGGCGGCAGUGCUUGGAAAUGUUUUCGAUGCUGAAUGUGAAGGAGCAGAGGGCUUUCCAAAAAAACACACCUCACUACACUGAUGCCAGUCUUCGCGAGCUUACAGUGUUGGGAGCCUGCAGGAGUCAUGCUUUUCCUCAACCAUGUCUGUGCAGCCAAAUAACUGCUGCUAGCAGAGAGCAGCUUAUUCAGCUGCAACAGGAGCUGGAUGCUGAGCGUUCAAAGAGAGAGGAAGCCUUGAUGGUUGCGGAUGCUUUUCGCAUUGCCUUUGAACAGCAGAUAAAGAAACGCAGUGAACACCUCAUGCUGCUGGCUGAAGACAACAUCCUAAAAGGUUAUAAUCGGGGUCCGUUGAUAAGUGUAAACCAGAAGUUGAGACGCUUACUUCCGUCCAGUAUGGAAGCCAAGAUGCCUGAUGACCUUCCCGAUACUCUGUAUCAACUUCUCGACUUGCUGAACGACAAGGAAGAGGCUCUGGCUCACCAGCGGAAGGUGAGCAUCAUGUUGGCCCACAACGCUGACAGACAUUUACAUCACCAGUCCUCAAAGAAACCGGAAGAUAACACAUCAGAGAACACCAGCCAGCAUCAACAAACAUCCACUUGUACGCAUUCCACUGGCCCUUCCCAGCCCAACAUCUAGUCCACCUACAAUCUGAACUUCAGACAGGUCAGGUGAGACUGAACGUGGCACAGAGGACAAUAUCUGGACGCUAUCCAUACACUACAACAGGGCUGUCAGAAUCCUGAUCCAGCAGGUCGGAUCAUGGAUGGAUGCACACACACAGGAUACAAUUAUUUUCAAGCUUAUGAUCCAAAAUACAGUCCCUGUCCUUGUCAAUACACACAAUAUCAAUUUUUUGACAAGCUGACACAAACCAAUCAGACCAAACACAUUCCUCUCUCAGGGUGCAACCACACUGCCCUUAAAGGUUCUGUCCCAUUGCUGUCGUUUAAGGAUUGUGUCUGAAUAACAAAGGCGUAUACGUUUUUUGCACUUUUCAUCGUUUUUUCAGCUGCUUCACAGACAUGGCUAGUAUUUCUGACGUCCACCUUCGGAUAGCGAUUGGAGGUUCUCAUAUGUAGCUAUGCCAAUGAUAUAUUCAUUAAAAAAAUACCAUUAAACUUGGUUGAUUGCAACCAAAAGUAACGCAUGUGGAACAUACAAUGUAACUGCACCACACAUUCAGGUAUCAAAAUAGAUGUUUACACACUGAUACACAUGCAAAACAAUACUAUUGUAUAGGCAUUUCUAACCCGCAAGGCAUGCUGUGUAACUUCCUGUUGAGGUAGCGUGCACGUUGGCUUCCAAGCGUCUGUUUCGAUACCCCUUACUUGUUAUUAUCUCGUGUUCGAUUUGGUUGCGCCGUGAGCGAGGUGGCCGUUUAGAUUGAUGUGUGAGUAAGUCAUGUGACAAAAGUGACCGCUGAGCCUAGAGUGUCACCCAAAAAGAAAUAAAUGGAUGACCUCGUCUUUUAUGUCUCAUGUCUUUUUGACUGCGGCAUGUCUUAACCAGAGGUCUACUUCCAUUGUUGCAUAUUGCAGAAUAGUGAUCAUUUAUCAAUGACUGUCAAUAAAACGUAUUCUGAUUAUUAUAUUACUGUACGUAUGCUCAUGUUUUUGGAUAGUGUUCUCUUUCAAACAAUUGAAUGUAAAAGCAUAUAUCAUACUCUAUAUAUACAGUACAGACACACAUAUUUCAU